AUGACCCCAUCUUCCGACAUUCCCAACUUCAUCAUCCGCUAUCUCCCCGAAAUCCUCGCCUACGCUCUCAAACUCCUUUCCCAACGCAUCCAAGCCGUCAUCCACAGACACACUUACCACUCCUCCCCCUCGCCCAAACACAUCGUCAUAAUCGGCGGGUCCUUCUCCGGACUCUACCUCGCCUUCCAACUCGCUGAGUCUCUCCCCUCAGGCUACAAAGUCGUCCUGGUAGAGCAGAACUCGCAUUUCAAUUAUACGUUCAACUUCCCGCGGUAUUCUGCCGUACAGGGGAGAGAACAGAAUGCUUUCUUGCCUUAUGCGGGACUUUUCGCGAAAAUACCCAACGGGGUAUUCGAGCAGGUGAAAGGGAAAGCUGUGGGGAUUAGAGAUGGGGAAGUCCUGUUGGAGAAUGGUGAUGUGCUGGAGUUUGAGUAUCUGGCUAUUGCUGCAGGUGUUAUGCAGUCGCCUCCUGCUAAGCUGCUCUCGACUGAGAAGGCAGGUGCUUGUAAGGAAUUGCAAAUCUUGCAGAAACGGAUCCAGGAGUCGGAAAAUAUUGCGAUUGUUGGAGCGGGCGCCGUGGGUGUGCAGCUUGCGACUGAUAUCAAGACUUUCUCGCCGAAGAAGAAGGUUACGGUUAUUCAUUCGAGGCAAUGGAUUUUGAGUGGCUUUGGACAGAGGUUGGCUCAGUUUGUGAUGAAGAAGUUGGAUGAUCUUGGGAUUGAGGUUGUGCUGGGGGAGAGACCGGUGCUUCCCAAAGUGACAAAUUGGGAGCCAAUGGAGUUGGAAUUUAAGAAUGGAGAUAAGCGGGAGUUUCAUCUGGUUAUCCCCUGUACAGGACAAACGCCUAACUCAUCAAUAGUCGCCUCCUUCUCGCCAUCGUCCAUCUCACCACUCACUCAGCAUAUCCUCGUUAACAAGAAUCUCCAACUCACCGAUGAUGUCAAACUCGGCACCACCUUCCCCAACAUCUUCGCUCUAGGCGAUGUGGCCGAGACUGGAGGCCCAAAGUUCGCUAGAGCCGGCAGUGCACAGGCAGAGAUCGUAAGAGGGAAUAUUGUGGCGUUGAUUAAGGGAAAAAAGGAUAAGUUGGUGGAAUAUGUGCCGAGUGUGUUGGAGGGCUUAUUGAAGUUGAGUUUGGGGAAGGAUGAAUGUGUUUUGUAUAUGCAGGAUGAGAAGAGGGAUUAUAUGAUCUCCGGGAAAUUGAAGGAUGUUGACUUGGAGGCUGCGAAAGCGUGGAAGAUGUUUGGUGCUGACAUAAAGAAUGCUGCAAAUCUCUAA